UCGACUCCACACUCGACUAGGCCUGGGUUUAGAGUACAGUGCGCGUCUGGUCCCUGAUUACACAGUACCACUCCCCCCUUGUCGAUCACACACCCCUCCUGGUCCCCUACCACGCCAAUACUCUAAGGACCAAGCAUCGCAGCCUACAAAUGUCUACGCUGCCCCCCGACCAUCGCAAAGGCGUGUCGCGAGCAACUGGAAACACCGUCAACAUGACUGUAUCACAGUCUUCAAAGGCCAAACCGGCCUCCAAAGCCAGCAAUGGCAAGCCAAAGACAAAGACGCAGAUGCAUCGUCGUUCAAGAACAGGCUGCUAUACUUGCCGUUUACGACGCAAGAAAUGCGACGAGGGAACUCCCAUGUGCACAGCCUGCAAGCACCUCGGUUUGCAAUGCGAGUACAAGCGACCCAUGUGGUGGAGCAACAACGAUAUGCGAAGGAAACACAAGGAGGACAUCAAGAUGAUCAUCAAGCGCAAGAAGCUCUCUGAGAAGUCAUCACACAACAUCCAGAACUCUGUCACCAGCUCUCCUCCUGGCCUCACACACUCUCUUCCCACAUCAGCCACCUUCACUGAUCCUCUCGACCGCACAAGAUCCGCCUCAUUGACUCUCAAUUCCCAGCUGCUUUCAACUUUAACAGCCCUCCCAGUGGCAACGAGUAUGGAUUCGAUCGAUGUCAAGACAGAGCGACAGAUGUUUGUAAAUGAUGUGCCCACAGUUCGCGAAUCACACAUCUCCACCUUCAGCACUUACCACACUCCUCCUCCAGCUGGUACGGUUCUGCCCAACGGUCCUCUCGACGGCGAGUGGGCCGAGCAGGUCUUCCAGGAGCGCAAGGAAUCCCUUUCAGAGGAGACCCUCAACUGCAACUUCUUCGACUUUUCACAUGGCCCUUCUACAGAGUCGAGGCAAGUCCAGAUUGAGUUGGAUGAGAAUGACCAGCGCCUGCUGGACCACUUCAUCCAAUUCGUUCUGCCAACCAUCUUUCCCAUCCUCGAGUCCAACCAACAUUGCUCAGUCAGCUCAGACCUGAUACUCCCUGCUCUUCAAUCAAACAGUGCCUACCUUCACUGCUGCCUGAGUGUCGCUGCCCAGCACCUUAAAUCACAUACCAAUGGCUCUACCUCUACCGAGGACAUUGACAACGACAUCAUGCGCCAUCGCUAUGCCACCAUCUGGGCUCUUUGUGAGGCUCUCAAGAAGGAUGAGAAUCACCAGCAAAUUCUCGAGGCAACCCUUGGCCUCAUCUUCUUCCAGUCUGUCGUUGGCCGCUAUGAUGAUGGCCUUCUCGAUAUUCCUUGGCACCAGCACUUCCAGGCUGCCAUCAGCUUGGUGCAGAAGCUUGACCUUCCCGGCAUCGUCUCUGAUCCUACUAGGGCUUCAAUGCAAACCCCCUUCAACAUGUCUCUCUCGUCAUGGAUUGACAUUCUCGGUGCCACCAUGAAGGGUCGCUCACCAACAUUUGCUCACACUUACCGUGAGAAGCAUCUUUCUCAGCUCAACCCUAGCCUUGGCCUGCGCGAGCUCAUGGGCUGUGAUGACCGGGUCAUGUAUCUCAUUUCCGAGAUCGCCUGCCUCGAGUCUCUCAAGAAGGAUGGCAUGGAUGAUUUCACACUCUGUCAGCAUGUCUCUGCCCUCGGAGAACAGAUUAGCUUGACCGAGAUGGGCGAUGCAGGCCCCAAGAUGCCUUUCAAUGCCAAUGGCAGCCUUUCACCUAAGCAGCUUUCUAAGAACAUGACCAUGGCUUUCCGCAUUGCUGCUCGUAUCUUCCUCUGCAGCCUGGUUCCUGGAUUCAACCCCAGACAGCCAUCCCCCAUGGGCUUGGUUGAGAAGCUGACUACGGUGCUUCAACACAUUCCCUCGGGCCCCAAUGGGUUUGACCGCAACCUUGCUUGGGUCUAUCUCAUUGGCGGCUCCAUCAGCGUUCCUGGUAGCUCAUUCCGAGCCUUCUUUGAGGAUCGCCUGGCUCAGCUGGGCGACUCGGCUAGGUUUGGCACCAUGGGACGUGUAGCCACCCUCCUGCACGAGGUGUGGGUUCAGAAUGACAGCCUCUCGGGUGUGAGCACACCCGGGUCCACGACGUCUGAGGCGGCCCAGCUGCACAUCCACUGGCGGGAUGUCAUGGAAUCGAAGGGGUGGGACUUUUUGUUGAUCUGA